AUGUCGCUGUGCCAGAAUCGCCUCACCGAGGAGAGGAAGCAAUGGCGCAAAGACCAUCCUUUCGGAUUCUACGCCCGACCCACGCGCACCAGUCAAGGCAUCCUCGAUCUCAGGAAAUGGGAAUGCGGCGUGCCAGGCAAGGACAAAACACUCUGGGAAGGCGGCCUGUUCAAGCUAGAAGUGACUUUUCCCGAAGAAUACCCGACGAAGCCGCCCAAGUGCAAAUUUGUGCCACCGUUGUUCCACCCGAACGUUUACCCGUCUGGUACCGUGUGUCUUUCGAUUCUCAAUGAAGAAGAAGGCUGGAAACCGGCUAUUACAUGUAAGGAGAUCCUGUUAGGGAUCCAGUCGCUACUGGACGAGCCAAACCCCGAGAGCCCGGCGCAGGCAGAUGCAUACAAUCUGUUCAAGAAGGACCGUGUGGCAUAUGACAAAAAGAUCAAGCAAGUAGUCAAAGAGAAUCCAGCACCAUGA